GCCGCCGGGCUGCUGUGCACUGCGCUGGCCGCGUACGCCUGCUGGGAACAGCUGCCGCCGCUGCCUUGGUCGGACCCCGCGCCGCCGCGCCAGGUGGGCGUGCUGCUGUGGUGGGAGCCCUUCGGGGGGCGCGGCCGGGCCUCGCGGCCGCUCCCCGACUGCUGGCUGCGCUUCAACAUCAGCGGCUGCCGGCUGCUCACCGACCGUGCGGCCUAUGGGGAGGCCCAGGCGGUGCUCUUCCACCACCGCGACCUCGUGUGGGGCCCCCCCGACUGGCCCCCGCCCUGGGACGCCCAGGUGCGCGCCGCGGGGGAGCUGCAGCUGCGCGUGCUGGGUGACCCAGAGGAGGCGGCGGCCCCAGGACCCCGGCCCCCGGGCCAGCGCUGGGUGUGGAUGAACUUCGAGUCGCCCUCCCACACUCCGGGGCUGCGGGCCCUGGCGGGGAACCUCUUCAACUGGACGCUGUCCUACCGGGCAGACUCCGACGUCUUCGUGCCUUACGGUUACCUUUAUCCCAGGAAACACCCUGGCGACCAGCCGAUGGGCCUGGUCCCGCCGCUGGCCAGGAAACGGGGACUGGUGGCCUGGGUGGUGAGCCACUGGGAUGAGCGCCAGGCCAGGGUCCGCUACUUCCACCAGCUGAGCCAACACCUGCCAGUCGACGUGUUCGGCCGCAACGGGCCUGGGCGGCCGGUACCUGACAGCGGGCUCCUGCACACAGUGGCCCGCUACAAGUUCUACCUGGCGUUUGAGAACUCACAGCACCUGGAUUAUAUUACUGAAAAGCUCUGGCGCAACUCAUUGCUGGCUGGGGCCGUGCCAGUGGUUCUAGGCCCAGACCGUGCCAACUACGAGCGUUUUGUGCCCCGUGACUCCUUCAUCCACGUGGACGACUUCCCUAGUGCCUCCUCUCUGGCCACCUACCUGCUUUUCCUAGAUCGUAACCUGGCUGUGUACCGCCGCUACUUCCACUGGCGCCGGAGGUAUGCGGUGCACAUCACCUCCUUCUGGGAUGAGCCCUGUUGUCGGGCCUGCCAGGCAGUGCAGACUGCUGGGGCACGGACCAACAGCAUUCGCAACUUGGCCGCCUGGUUUGAGCGGGGAAGCCACUGAGAAUGUGACCACUUCACUGCUGGGCAUCUCCUUGACUGCUGCCAUUUCAUGGGACUGUGUUCCCCAGUCGCCUGUUUUUCUCUCUGGGAUUAAGGUGCUUUACUGAUUAAUAUUAAUUAGCGCAAAGAUGGAGUGGGAAGGAUCCUUGGUUCGCGUGGUCUGUCACCUAACUAGCAGUUGUAUUCUCUUGUGGAUGGGCAUCGGGGUGAAGCAGGGCUCCUUUCCAUAACCGGUACAGAUGUGAAGAGGUAGCUCAGCUACAAAAAGCCUUUGGAAAGGUUUCUUUGAGUUCUUCCUCUGCUGCAGGCCACGUUUGUAACCUGUGCAGCCUCCGCUUCUCACGCAUGCUGCUCCCAGGCUAGCACUCGCCUGCACCACGCUGAAGCAAACGCCUGGUAUUUAUUUUAUUUUUGCGGUGCCGGGGCUACUUCCCCGGCCCACCCCGGUGUUUAGGCAGAGCGCUGAUGUGAGGCAGUGGAAGGACUGUGUCAUCAAGUGGACCUUUUUCGUCGUUGGUCCGAUUCCUUACAGCCUCUGCUCCAGGAAAAAGUAAGGAGCACAGUUUAUGAAGCCAUUGAUUUCCUUAACAAGAACUGUUCGUUUUGCGCCCUACAAAUGGAAACGAGCUGGAUUAUCCUUGGAAGAGAAGAUGAAUAUACAGGUGCACCUCACUUUAUACAAGAAAUGUAUUUCUGAAAAUCUGCAUCUAAAUCACAUCCCAAACUCAGUGCCCUAAAGGAGUUCGGUAUUUAAUGGCACCCUAUGGACAUUCCCUUUAUAAUGUGACUAAUCAUCUCCUAAUUAAUUUCUUCUGUCUUUAUUUUUUUCUAUCGCCUGAAUUUAAAAAAAACAUUAAAAGUACAAAUGUGAAAAUAAAACACAAGCAACUUCUUCUCCCCCUCUUCCCAGCAAAGCAAGGUGUGUUUACAAAGAGAAGAAGGCUAUAGUGUCACUUUCUACAAAGUUAUUUAUUUCAUGUCUUAUUGGACCCAGAAUUUCCAUUGGAAUGUCAGCCCUUCAGAGGUCCUGGCUUUACCUGUGCAGAACAAUGAAGGAAAUGCUACUGCACUAUGGAGCCAUGCCAAAGGAAAGACGUUUCAUGGUACCUGUUAUGGGUAGUUUUGUUUCUGUCACCUUUCAAUGUUUAGAUCCUAAGGAAUGGAACUAAAACUGAUGCCUACAGUUAUCUUACUUUGUCCUCUGUUAAAGGCUAACUGCAGUGCUCACUUGGUGCCAGGAGCUUCCCCUGCUAAUCUGUAGAGCUGGAGGGCGGAUCCUCACAUUUCUCAUGUCCUUUAGACUGUGCUGCAGGACCAAACUUGGAAAUAAAUGCCUUGUCUUCAUAGAUUGUUGAUUGCCCAGAAAAGUCAACAGGGAUCAGCGAGUGACAUGACAGUCCCAAACGCUAGGCUUAGGGCGGUGGGAGGACAGGGACGUGUAUAAGGCAACAUCUUUCUCUUUAGGGCUCCUACAGUCUACUGCUGCCAAAAGUGAAUGGUGACUUUGACAAAACAGCACAACCCACUUGACUAAAGUGGUAUUUUCAGUGAUACACACUAUAAAUCAGUGAUUAAAAAGCUAUCUGAUUUAAGGCAUAAAAUGACCAGAGUUCUCUGCCAAAACAAAGGCUCUCAGUGACUAGUACUAAUCAUAAAGACUUCAUAACCAAUCAGGGUCCAAGAUUAAUUAGUUUUGUAAAGACUUCAAUAAAAAGUAAUUUUUAUUUGAUUAGUAUGAUUAACAGUAAUAGAAAGCAAAUUUUACCUCUGCACAUUUGUUGUAUAAAUACUUGAAAAGCUCACUGAAAACUAGGUACUUCGAUUCUCAUUUUAGGAAGUAAGUGAAGAUGUCUUAACAGUGGGUUGCUAGCUAAAUAUAUAUGAAGUACUUUACUGCGUUAAAUAAUGUGUAUCACAUCACCUCUAUGUUAUAUCAUAUUUUUUGUAUAACAUAUAUUGGAUCAAGCCUUAAGUUGACAAAUGCAGUAUUUCUUGCAGUGACUUCAGGUGCCCUCGUAAACCAAUUUUAUCUGAAAUGAAAUCUCUAGAUAUGUUGCAGAAUAAAUCUGAAAUAAAAGGAAGGUAGCUUAUAUUGUAUAUUUCAAGGAAGUCCUUAAAGCCAUAUUUUAAGAAUCAUUAUUACUAUUUAAAUUAAACUUGAAUUUGCAAAGUAGGAAAGAGGUUCUGUACCUUUUU